AUGACGACCCAGCUCCUAGCUACGGAGCUAACGAACCUCAUCCAAGAAAGCAAACGGAAGCACAAUGACCUCCGACAAGCUGCUGAAAAGUCACUCGAUGAGUUGAAAAGCCUCAAGGGAGCCAACGAAGCUCAAGCUGCCAACGAACUCGCGCAGCGCCCCAACUUUGUUAACCCAUUCAUAAUUGCAUGUGGCACCAAAAAUGCAAAGUUUACCGGAAUCGCCAUCGUCUGCCUCCAGAGGCUCAUCGUCGCCCGCGCGCUUCCUAGGGGGAAGUUGAACCAGGUCCUCGAAGCCUUGAGAGAGGCCACCUCUGCCGGUCUCGAUGUUCAACUCAAAAUCCUGCAGGCCCUGCCUUCUCUCUUGCAAAAUUAUGCCACCGACCUCAAGGGCGACCUUCUCAUCACUGCCUUGAACAUUUGCUUCAUUCUGCAGACCAGCAAGAAUGCCAUCGUCAACAACACAUCGGCUGCUACCCUCCAGCAGUUGGUCGUCUCUGUUUUCGACAAGGUGGUUACCGAAGAUAAAGCUGCGACUCCAGGAAGUCCCGCCGGAGAGGCCCCGACUGGCGAUGGCGCGGUUGAGCUACGCGCAGCCGCCUUGGAUGCCUACAGGAUAUUCAACGACCUCUGUCUCAUGACUGAAAACCAACGUCCGGAGUACUUGAGAUUCUCCGGCCUUCCUCAGACGUUUGGUCUAGAGCUGAUAGAGUCGGUCCUAACCAACCACGCCGCAGUCUUUUCAACCCACAAAGAGCAGGCACACAUCCUCCAGAUCCGCGUAAUGCCCUUCAUUAUCAGCGCUCUUAAAGGCAGACCAAAUUUUGCCACAUCUGUCCGCCUUGUUCGGAUUCUUUACACACUAUUGCGAAGACAUAUCAACAUUCUCCCGGCAGCUAGUGGCGACGCCUUGGACAUUUUGACGCAUCUACUCGACCAGGACACCGCCGUGUGGAAGCGGGCCCUCUGCCUAGAGGUCUUUAGGGGCAUUUUCGCCGAACACGCCCUUAUCAGACGGAUCUUUGUCAACUACGAUGCCAAGGAAGGCGAGAAAAACAUUGUCAAACACUUGACAGCGACGUUUGUGAGGCUCAGCACCGAAAAGCCAUCUGUUAUUGGAUUGGGUCACCAGUCAACCAUACCUGUGGCGAACCCCUAUGCUAGCAUCGCAUCAUCGACCGACCAGGCUAUGUUGGAAGCCAGUGGCGUCACUGGUAUCAUCAGCGGAUCUGUUGGUUCGGAUGGUUCUAAUAUCGGAAUCAGCACGCAGUGGAGCAAUGUCAGAGUUCCGUGCAUUGACCAACUGGACAAGACCGAGGCACCGUCUAUCCCAGAGUCCUAUAUUUACAGUCUAACAUUGUCCUGCAUCUCAUCGCUUUCUGAGGGCCUCGCAAAGUUCAUUCUUCCCCUGACAGUACCCGGUGAAAGCCGAAGCCGCAAGAGAGGUGGAAAGCAGGAAGCAGGGCGCGACUCCCCAGCACCACCACAGGAGGAUGCUGAAGGCCAACGCGGUGCAUUGGAACGAUCAGCCUCCUUCAAGAAGAACCCGGUUCCAAUCAACCCACUUGUCUUGGAAGAUCACCCGUUGCACAAUGAGGUGAAGAUCUGUGCGGCCAUCAUCGAUGAAUGCUGGCCAGCGAUUCUUGCCACUUGCUCAACCUUCCUCUACGCUGCCAUGGACUCCGAGUACUACCACAGUCUCGUCAGAGCGUUCCAGAAGUUCGCUCAUGUAGCCGGACUGCUUCAGCUGUCGACUCCGAGAGAUGCUUUUUUGACAACGCUUGGAAAGGCCGCCGUCCCUCCAAACGUCUUCACAGCAUGCCUCAAUGCCGGGACAGCUCGACCAACAACACCCACGCCAACUAACGAAGCUCCUAGCAGCAUUUUCAGUAAUGCUCGAGGGCUGCUUAGCGUUGACAGCUUAGCGACGCAGUCCACGCCGAUCACCGAAAAAGGACGGCAGCAAAGCGUCGAUGGAAGCCAGAUGACCCUUAACACUCGAAACCUCCUUUGCUUGAGAGCCCUCUUGAACCUCGGAAUCGCCCUCGGUCCGACCCUGGGCCCAUCCUGGCGCAUCAUACUCGAGACCUUGCAGCAAGCUGAUUUCGUUCUCUUUUCCACGAGUAAGACUCCUGGACGAACGCCUCUCGCCACGAAAGGGACAGAUCAUCAGGCAGAGGGCGAAGCAAGCGCCCUGUUGUCGAACUUUGCCUCUGAAGUAAGAGCUGUGGAGACAGCUGCCUCAAGACUAAUUGAAAGCACGAUUGACUUCCCCAAUGAUGCUUUUGGAGAGGUCGUGACGGCGAUAUGUAACCUUCUCGAGAGAGCAAACGAAGAGAAGCAAAAGGCCGAGACCGCAAGUCAGCCACAGUCUCCGCAGUCCGGCAGUAUGAAACCCCCGGGCCAACAUCGCCGAGUGCUCAGCGUUUCUACGACCGCCGCCGCCGGACCAAACCAAGAAGACCACUUCGCCCUCGCCAAGCUAGGUGAUAUUGCCACAAUCAACAUUGACCGUCUCCUAUCGUACCCACCUGAUGUGUCAGGUUGGACGCCGCUGACAUCCGAGCUCAUCCACAUUCUUAACGCGUCUGCAAUGAAUGCCUCCGUAAGACUGCGCGCUGCAGAUAUUCUGGUUAGACUGGCCCUCGAGUCGGCUAAUGUAGCGGCUACCAUGGAACGCGACCAAUGUGGGAAAGUGCAGCUUCUCCUCCUAGAGGCACUGCGAGACGCCCUCAUGCCUUUGCAGCGGGAUGACAGGGAGGUGACUGUGGCUAGCCAUGGAACGGAUGUCGAAAUCCACAAGGUGGUGCUCGAAGGCUUGAAGAACCUGCUCGAGAAUUGCGGCGAAACUCUUGUCAGCGGCUGGGAGAUCGCCUUUGAAAUCAUCGGUUCCAUCUUCAUCGACAAGAAGUUCGCCCCUGCGUCCCUGCCCAAUUCCUGCUUUCUCAUACUUGUUGAUACCCUAUACAAAUUCUGCUCGCAAGAUGACGAUCUCAACAUUGCCCUUACGACCGUAACGUUUUUCUGGGUACUCUCCGACUUCCUCUCUGGCAAGACGGAGUCCCUGCCCAUCACCGCCGAUCUGAUGCAGGGCUCGAGUAUUUCGGAUUUAGCUGCGCUUGCCGCAAACUCUGAGCACACGGCGUCGGAUGCCGCCCUUUGGAUGCUUUUGCUCCUGAGGCUCACGACCGUGACUGCCGAUGAGAGGCUGGAGCUUCGAAACAGCGCAAUCCAGACACUGCUCAGAAUUUUCGACGCGUACGGCGACAAGCUUAGCCCUGAGGCCUGGUCCAUCUGCGUCAAGUCCGUGGUUUUCAAACUUCUCUCUUCGAUCGAAGAUGAGCUCCAAGCUGCUGCCAGUGAAAACUCAGCACACCGCGACCGCAAGGAAUGGCACGAGACUGCGGUGGUAGUCUUGAACGGCAUCUCUGAACUCCUGGCCACGUAUAUGGAGCCCCUCUCGACCCAUUCCUCCUUCAACGGGCUCUGGCAGGAACUUUUGGGCCACUUCACGACUCUGCUCGACUUCAAGGUUCUCAAUAUCAACACGGCAACAUACAAGGCUCUUGGGAAGGCCAUCAAGUUCGAGGAAGAACCGGGCAGGCCAAUCUUCGACACGGAUACGGUCAAUGCCGCGUGGGAAAUGUGGUCCCGGGGAACACCAACCUCCCUCGACGAGGACGAUGGAAAGAAGGCUGACAACCAGAACUGCUUGAUAGCCUACGUCGCCGCCUUCCAUGACGUCUACCAGCUAGUUCAGCAGGAUCUGACAGUCGACCGAGUGCGCCAGAUGCUCACCCUUUUCCGCGAGGCACUGCAACAAGCCACUGUCGGAGCCUAUGUCAACGACGUCGAGUACGUCACGCCACUGCAGAAUCAGGUUCUCGAAGCCAUCAAAAUGGUCCGAACAGAUCUUGCCGGCGUGCCCUCCGCAAUGAUCUCCCAGGUGGCAGAGUUCGUCCGCUUAGCAUUCUCAGAUGAAGCUCUCAAGUCCCACGGCUCCACGAGGAGAACCUACGUCGCAAUGUCCAAGGCCAGCAUGGCGAUUCUGCAGACCCUUAUCCUGAAGAACGCUUCCGACGCGGACAUCUACUCCAGCGAAGCCUUCUCCGCGGCCCUCUCGGCCCUCUCCAAGCCCGUCAUCCUGAAAUACGGCUUCCCGAUCGUCACAAAGUCAGCACAACCAUGGCGCCUGUCCACAAACACCAUCCUCGCCGUUCUGGAAGCCACACUCCCGCAGAUCCGUAAUCUCGAAGUGCCUCGCGAGACCCUGCAGUCCAUCUGGCAGAUGAUUGUCGAAAUCGCAGACGGCAUCGUCAGCGCAGACACAAACGUCGCCCCGCCGUCCGCCGACCUCGCCGACGACGAGUCGUUCGACAUCACGUCCUUCCACAAACUCCGCGAGCUCAUCAUCCCCUCCCUCGGCGCCGAGGCAAUCCCAGACACAACCCGCAAAGCCUACGCCGAAUCCCUCUUCCGCACCACAAUCAUCCACGCCCCCUCUCCAGCAGAAGCAGCCCUUCUCUCCACAAGCGACGGCACCGGCCUUGCAUCCCUCUACACCAAACGCAACGGCCGCACCAUCGACCCCGCGCCCACCCGCCGCCAGCGCAUCGCCUACGUCUGCCUCGACGAGCUCUUCUCCCUCGUCUCCGUCUACAGCGAAGACUCCGUCCGCAUCGUCGUCCAGCCGCCCACGCCGGCCUUCCCGCCGCCCCGCUCCGUGCUCUCCGAGGCGCCCCAGGCCCUGCACAUCCGCAUCGCCCGCACCGCCGCCCCCUUCCUCAUCCUCCGCACCGCGCUCACCAUCCGCGCCUACAUCGCCGACCAGCCCCUCCGAGGCCGCAUGCCGCAGCCCCUCUCCCAGCGCAAGGAGCUCCUCCGCGUCCUCCGGCAGCUCGUGGACCUCACCUCCGCCUCGGACGCGAUCCCCGACACCCCCAACGUCGAGAGCGACGGUAGGAAACACCUGCUGCGCCUGUACCCGCUGCUCGUCAGCGCGGUCCAGGUGGCGGGCGGCUCCGGCGACGAGGCGGUCCUGAAGCUGUGCACCGAAGCCCUCGAGGUCGUCGGCGGCGAACUCGGGCUUUAA